GUUUCCCCGUAGGCGUUCCGGGCUCGUCGCCUGCCGCAGUGAGUCGGCACCCGGGGCUUCCGGACCUCACGACUGCGGCCGGGGAAGGACGCUGGCGGCCAGAGGUCUCCACCCCGGCCCCACCCCGGCCCAGUAGCAGAAAGAGAAUGAAAGAAGUAGAUAACCUUGACAGUAUAAAAGAAGAAUGGGUUUGUGAAACAGGACCUCCUGACAAUCAAUCCCUCAAUGAUAAUCAACAAAGGGACUGUGAAUAUUUUGUUGACAGCCUUUUUGAGGAAGCAGAGAAGGUUGGGGCCAAAUGCUUGUCCCCCACUGAACAGAAGAAACAGGUAGAUAUAAAUAUAAAAUUGUGGAAAAAUGGAUUCACAGUCAAUGAUGACUUUAGAAGUUACUCUGAUGGUGCAAGUCAGCAGUUUCUGAACUCCAUCAAAAAGGGGGAAUUACCUUCAGAACUACAGGGAAUUUUUGAUAAAGAAGAGGUGGAUGUUAAAGUUGAAGAUAAAAAAAAUGAAGUAUGUAUGUCUACAAAGCCUGUAUUCCAGCCCUUCUCAGGACAGGGUCACAGACUAGGAAGUGCUACACCAAAAGUCAUUUCUAAAGCAAAGAGUAUUGAAGUUGAAAAUAAAAGUACUUUGUCUGCUGUUCCACUGAACAACUUGGAGCCCAUCACCAGGAUCCAGAUCUGGUUGGCCAAUGGGGAAAGGACUGUCCAAAGAUUUAAUGUUUCUCACAGGGUGAGCCACAUCAAAGACUUCAUUGAAAAAUACCAAGGAUCUCAGAGAAGCCCCCCGUUUGCCCUGGCAACAGCUUUUCCUUUCCUCAGACUUCUGGAUGAGACACUCACAUUGGAAGAAGCAGAUUUGCAGAAUGCUGUGAUCAUUCAGAGACUCCAGAUAACUUCGGAGCCUUUUAGAAAACUCUAACAGUUUUGAUUUUUGAGAGACAGGGAAAUGAUGGUUGGAAGUGGACAUGCAGAAGUGGGAGACAGAAGACAGUUUGAUUGAGCUUGAGGUUUGAGUGCUGCUUAAUUCCUUAUGAGGGGCUUAAAUAAUCACAAGUUAGAGAAUAAUGUAUAGCUGGAAACCAGUUAAUGUACAUUUCUCAAAGGCCACUCAGAAAAAAAGUAUUUUCAAAUACUUAUUAUAGUUAACCAAUAUAUAUUAAAUAGCUGUAUCAUUAAUCUUAAUGUGUUCUAAAGUAGCAAAAUAUCCACAGCAUUAGCAUUGAAACAUUAUUUCCAAACAGCAGAUUAUUAAUAUAAAUGUUAGCUAUCUCAGUUUUAAAUAGCAACACUUAAAAUAUUGUACAUGACUUGUUAAAAACACCAAUGUAAUUAUUAUGUUGCCUAAGCCUUCUCAGAUUUCACUCUAUGAUGGCAAGAGAUAUUCAAAUAUUAAUUUGGCAAUAGUAUCCAAGAUAUAUAAUAUUUUAGGAAUAAAAUCGUGUAGCUUAGUACAAUGUCA